AGUCCCGGCGGGUCCGGAUGGCGUAGUUUGGCCGCGGCAGCAGCUGCAGGAGCUCGCCGCCGGGCGCUGGGCCGGGGAACUUUCCUCCGCUUCCCUCCAACUUGCAGCGGGUGGAUCUCCGCUUGACACACCGCCUCCGAGACAACUUGACACUUGGAAAGAGGGAUUUUAAGGCCACAUCUGAUUUGCAAAGAUUUCAAUCUGAAGAACUGCUGGUGAAGGUGACUGAACGGGACACGCUUCUGGAGAAAUGAAAAUGACUCCUCAUCAUGUGAUUGCCAUGUUUGCCCUAAUGAGUUCCUGUUUAGCUACAGCAGGUCCAGAGCCCAGUGCCCAGUGUGAACUGUCGCCGGUCAACGCCUCCCACCCGGUGCAGGCCUUGAUGGAGAGCUUCACCGUCCUCUCGGGCUGUGCCAGCAGAGGCACCACGGGGCUGCCGCAGGAGGUGCACGUCCUCAACCUCCGGGGCCCGGACCCGGGGCCCGGCCAGCCGCAGAGAGAGGUCACCCUGCACCUGAACCCCAUCUCCUCAGUGCACAUUCACCACAAGCCUGUCGUGUUCCUGCUCAACUCCCCGCAGCCCCUCGUCUGGCAUCUGAAGACAGAGCGGCUUGCCGUUGGCGUCUCCAGACUUUUUUUGGUGUCUGAGGGUUCUGCGGUCCAGUUCUCAUCCAGAAACUUCUCAUUGUCAGCAAAAACAGAAGAAAGGAGCUUCCCACAUGGAAAUGAACAUCUGUUAAACUGGGCCCGAAAGGAGUAUGGAGCAGUCACUUCGUUCACCGAACUCAAGAUAGCACGAAACAUUUAUAUUAAAGUGGGGGAAGAUCAAGUGUUCCCUCCUGCGUGCAACAUAGGGAAGAAUUUCCUCUCGCUCAAUUACCUGGCUGAGUACCUUCAGCCCAAAGCAGCAGAAGGGUGUGUGAUAUCCAGGCAGCCCCGGGACAAGGAAGUGCAUAUCAUUGAGUUAAUCACCCCCAACUCUAACCCCUACAGUGCUUUCCAGGUGGAUAUCAUAAUUGACAUAAGACCUUCUCGAAAGGAUCCUGAGGUGGUCAAAAAUCUCGUCUUGAUCUUAAAGUGCAAGAAGUCUGUCAACUGGGUGAUCAAAUCUUUCGAUGUUAAGGGAAGCCUGAAAGUUGUUGCUCCUAACAGUAUUGGCUUUGGGAAAGAGAGUGAAAGAUCCAUGAUAAUGACCAAAUCAGUACGAGAUGACAUUCCUUCAACCCAAGAGAAUCUAAUCAGGUGGGCUUUGGACAAUGGCUACAGUCCAUUGACAUCAUACACAGUGGCUCCUGUGGCUAACAGAUUUCAUCUUCGGCUUGAAAACAAUGAGGAGAUGAGAGAUGAGGAGGUCCACACCAUCCCUCCCGAGUUACGGAUCCUGCUGGACCCUGGAAACCUGGACAACCCACCCAUCCGGGGAGGGAGAGGCCAGAGUGGAGGUUUCCCCUUUCCUUUCCUGGACAUCCCCAGGAAAGGCCAGAAGGAAGGGGGAGAAGAUGGGCUCCCGCAGCCAAAGGACCCUGUCAUCCCCGGCUUACGACUGUUUCCUGGUCCCAGAGAGCCUGAGGAGGUGCAGGGCAGCAUGGAUGUUGCCCUGUCAGUCAAAUGUGACCAUGAAAAGAUGACCGUGGCUGUAGAAAAAGAUUCUUUUCAGUCCAACAGCUACUCGGGGAUGGAGCUCACCCUGUUGGAUCCUACCUGCAAGGCCAAGAUGAAUGGCACCCACUUCAUUUUGGAGUCUCCCCUGAACGGCUGCGGGACUCGGCACCGGCGGUCCGCCCCGGAUGGCGUGGUGUACUUCAACUCCAUUGUGAUACAGGUUCCGUCCCCUGGGGGUAGUAGUGGUUGGCCAGAUGGUUAUGAAGAUUUGGAGUCUGGUGAUAAUGGAUUUCCAGCAGAUAUGGAUGAUGGAGAUUCUUCCCACUUCAGCCGACCUGAAAUUGUGGUGUUUAACUGCAGCCUGCGGCACGUGGGGAAUCCCAGGAGUUUCCAGGACCCGCCCAACAGAAACAUCACCUUCAACAUGGAGCUGUACAGCACUGACCUCUUUCUGGUGCCCUCACAGGGCGUCUUCUCGGUGGCGGAGAACGGACACGUCUAUGUUGAGGUGUCUGUUACUAAGGCUGACCAGGAACUGGGAUUUGCCAUCCAAACGUGCUUUAUCUCUCCAAAUUCGAACCCCGAUCGGAUGUCUGAUUACACCAUCAUUGAGAACAUUUGCCCCAAAGAUGAUUCUGUGAAAUUCUACAAUCCCAAGAGAGUGCACUUUCCCAUCCCGCACGCCGAGAUAGAUAAGAAGCGGUUCAGCUUUGUUUUCAAGCCCGUCUUCAACACCUCACUGCUCUUUCUGCAGUGUGAGCUCACGUUGUGUACCAAGAAGGAAAAGGACCCCCAGAAGUUACCCAAGUGCGUGCCUCCCGAUGAAGCCUGCACCUCACUGGACGCCUCAAUGAUCUGGGCCAUGAUGCAGAAUAAGAAGACGUUCACCAAGCCUCUCGCUGUGAUCCAUCAGGAAGUGGAAUCUAAAGGAACAAGUCCAAACAUUAAGGAACCGAAUCCAAUUUCUCCACCAGUUUUCCAUGGCCUGGACACCGUAACCGUGAUGGGCAUUGCGUUUGCAGCAUUUGUGAUUGGAGCGCUCCUAACGGGGGCUCUGUGGUACAUCUAUUCCCACACAGGGGAGACUGCGGGAAGGCAGCAGGUCCCCACCUCCCCGCCGGCCUCGGAGAACAGCAGCGCGGCCCACAGCAUCGGCAGCACGCAGAGCACGCCCUGCUCCAGCAGCAGCACGGCCUAGCCCAGCCGCCACUGCCACAGGCUCGGCCGGACAGCACGGGUGGCCAGACUCCAGAAAGGCUUGAUCGUGGUUCCUUUGUAAAGAGAGAGUGAAUUUCACUAUAAACAUCACCUGUUGUAUUCACCCCCCAACCCAGGGCGGCUCUCCAUGUGCCCCCUGGACCUCCGUGUGAGAAAGCUAAGGUGGCGGCCUUCCCCUCCAGCGCCUCACAGGUUAGGGGGCUUACAAUGUGAAACACAUGCCAGUUUUUAAAAUGCUGCUUUGUCCAGGUAAGAACAUCUAUCAUAUGGGGCCCUGAGCUCUACCCAGGACUCAAGGAGUUGGUAAAAGGAUGACAGCCAGAUAGAACCAGGGAGAUGUGGCCAAAGAUUCCUUUAUAGCUGAACCAAGAUGUAAAGCAAACGAGAUGCUUCAAGACUUUCUGUUCCUCCACCCGCAGUUCGCGCCUUCUGGGUGCACACUUCUCACCUUGCUGCCACCCCGGGGAGGCCCUGUCUUGCUUAAUAGACGCUGCCCUCCUGGCUGCAUCCUGACACACAGCAAGGCAACAUUCCUUUCUUGUGCCCUGGGCCCAAACCAACGCUGAGCACAUCCUCAGCUUCCUCCCUCUUCCUGCACCAGCACACCCACUGCAAGCGUCUUAAUGCAGAUUUCCCAUUUCUUUAUAGGCCUAGAGAAAUUGAAAAUGGCCAAAAUCUGGGACUGCAGAUGUGUUCCCCUUUAUGACACUGUGUUCUGAUAAAUUAAUUAUAAAAUCAGGGCAAAAUUUAGUUAUAAAAUUAAGGAGGAAUUUGCUUGGUGAUAUUUAUGCCAGUAAAAGCAUGUCAUCUGGCACAUGCGUUUUGUAGUUGUGAAGAAGAAAAAAUUCCCCUUUUAAGAAUUCCUAUACCUUUAGAGUUCAGUGUAUUCUUAAAUAUAUUUGGGAGAAUUAGUGUUUCCACUCAAAACGUGUCAACCUUUUGAAUAGACCCUUUGGUAAAAAACAAGCUCUUGGAAAAUGCAAAAGCAGGGCAGAGCCUGCUGUGCGAACAGUGCCACCAGUUCUGCCAAGAAAGUGCUGGGAUAGGGGACGGGCACACUCCUUUGGGUUGCUGUAGUUCUCUUGCCUUAAAUAUAUCCCAAACUCGAACAGAAUUUAAGGUGGAAUAGUGGAAGAAAAUAGAAUAAUAUCAUGCCACUUUGCAAUUAAAGUAAGCUCAACUGAUACCUCUAUGUUAAAAAAGAAGCCAGAGGAAAAAUUUCCAUGCCAAAUCAUUUACUACUGAGGAUAGUUUCAUUACAAAUAAAUAUUAUUCUUUUUCCAGAUUGCCUCUCCCCUCCCCAAACAACUCAACAUUCUACAAAUAGAACAGGCUAGAUUCUACCCCAAAAUAUUCAUAAGCAAAUCUUACUGCCCUUAAGUAAGGAAGUUGUGCUUGGUUCUCCGUGAAUGAAACAUUCAGUAGGAAAUGUUGAUGAUACCCAAGACCUAAGGGCAAUGUCUGCAAGGCAAACAAGAAGGUUACUCAAUUCUAGAGUAAUCUUCUGACUUAUUUGAGAGGCAUAGACAUUCAAUCUGGACAAUUUUAACCAAAAAGGAUGACUUGAAGGCUAAGAUUUCUGGGUUGUCUAUAAUUUUGCAUAUUUCCACAUACAAAUGAAGAUAUGAGAUUAGAUAAUUUUUUCCCCUCUAGUUAACAUUUCUUAACAUAAAGGUAUCAGAGUGCAGGACUAGAUUAUGCUACCUGUGUUUGAAAAUAAUGCGCUUUGCCUAACCUUCAGCAGAAUGUAUUGUUUUAGCAUAUUCUAUGUAUAAAAAGGUUUAAAGAUGUCUUCAAAGAAGACUAGAGUCUUUAAGUCACUUAUAGCUAUAUUUUACUACAAAAAAUUGUGUAUAAAGAUAUAUUUAAGUGUUUUAGAUUUUUUAAAAAGUUACUCCAUAUGAAAUGUUUAACUUCAGUUACUGUGAAUUCUUCUGAUCAGUUCUUUGCUUUUUAAAAAACCCUUUCCAUUCUGUUAAAAAAGAAAAUUAGUUAUUAAAGAAGUAUUAAAAGAUCCAGUUUUUAGAUGGACAGGGUUAAAACUUUUUGUAAUAUAUUUAAAUGUAUAUUUUUGAGAGAGAUGCUACAUUGCCAAUGAUUUUAUAAGUGAUUUAAAAUUAAUUUACAAAUUUAUAGAUGCAAACCAAAAGAUUUUAAAAGAAAGAGAAGAAAAGAGUCAACUUUUGCUUGUUUGGGUCUGAUUGUCAGAAGUAUUAUUCAGAUCAAGAAAUCUGUGGUGAUAAAACUUGAUCCCAUGUUAAUUGGAGAGUGAAUGUCAUUAAGUAGUUCUGAAAUGUUCCUUUAAAAAUGAGCAUUUAAAAAAAAAAAAUAGUGUUUUCUCCCUAGCCUCUUGUUACAGCAUUUCCAGUUGCUUCAGACUUCACAGUUUUAAUACAAAAUACUAGCUAAACUUUAUAACACAUUUUGCAAGUUUCUAUAAAACUGUUGUUAUAUUCCAGUUAAACUCUCCUACCUGCUGCCUCUGGUUACUUCUGCAGGCUAUUCCCUGAGUGCGCAGAAGCCAUUUUGUUUGUUUUGUUUUGUUGGAUGCUCAGGCUGUUGUUAAAAUGCUCUAAACUCCAAGGCAGAUUAUCGUGAAACAUCCUAUAGCUUUUCCCCAUGUGGGGUUUACCAGCUGUUGCUCUGUAUUUUAAAAGUCAGAAAUGCCUUCUGUCUAAGCUGUUUCUGUAGCAUUUUCCAAACCACCACAACAGAAACGUUCUUUUCCUUGUCUGUAAUGAGAUUGUAAACCCGUUCCCUGCGUGUGUUCUGUGGUGGGCAUGGUUGUGGGCCUGUGGGGGGCGCGCACUCGCAUGCCAGUCUUUUUGUACUGUAACUACCUCAUGGUUUGAGUGAUGGUUGUACUGCUGGUUGUGUUAACAGAGCACAUUUUGUUGGGUGAAUUGUGUGUGUGAUUUUUUUUUCCUGUUUGUUUUAGCUGGGGAUUGUUCAUGAAACUGACAGACGUUUUUCUGAAAAGGACUAUUAUCAGUUUCCAAGUACAAUGCUUCUCUCUUCUGGUUUUUCCUGAAUGAGCCUGAUUUUGUUGCUGUUUUUCAUCAUCUAUGAGGGUAAAAAGAGUACCCUUAAAAUCCCUGUGGCCAGUUUGAACACCCCUGUUAUAUGUAGUCUUUCCUCCGUUCAAUGUGUCGGCAAUUUUGUGAACAUGCUUAGAUGUAUAGUUUUGAUAACCACCGUUUUAAGUACUUUAUUUGUGCAUAAUAAAAAGAUAUAUAUCAAUUAUUAA